UAGGAAUGAUUUUCCCCUGAUUUGCCGGCUAUGUUUAUUAUUUAAACGAAAUAUGUCUUCCAUUUAUGUUCCAGAGGUUAUUAAAAUCAUCCAAACUUGUGUUGAUAUUGAGAUAAAAAUAAAUGACGAAUUUCCUUCAUCAAUAUGUGGGAACUGUUCAGAACAAAUAUUUAAAUUUUCAUCAUUUCGAGAAGUAUGUAAAACAUCUCACAAUCUCCUACAAAAAAUAAUUCAUGAUAGUCAAAACAAUACGGAUUAUGAUAAAUUAAAAAAUUCAGUACCAUCGACCAGCGUUUCAGAAAUAAACACGGUAAAUAUUAAAGAAGAAUUGUUAAUUAAAGAUGAAAGUCAACUAAAAAGUGAACCUUUUGAUUUCGAAAACAACAAAAGUGACCUAAAUGACGAUGACGAAGAUGAUAAUAACGGCAAUAAUGAGGAAGAAGAAGAAGACAGUUUUGAAGAUGACGAAAAAGACGCAAAACCUGAUUUUAGUGACGAAGAUGAGACUUAUACGGAAAUGGAUUCGAAUAAAAUUGACAAAACAAGUAAUAAAACAGUUGAAUGCAGAAUCUGUGGAAAGAUGAUGCAAGAACGAACACUAUUGGGGCAUUUACGUCGCCAUCAACAAGGAAAAAAACAUAAAUGUGAUCAAUGUUCAAAAGCGUACCGAGAACCCUGUGAAUUAGCGAAACAUUUACAACGUGUUCACCACACAAAAGGUGAUGUUAGUUGUCCCGUGUGUAAUAAAACAUUUCUAAUUCAAGCACAAUUAGAUUUUCAUUUAAAACGACAUUUUAAGAAAAAACAUCAAUGUGAUAUUUGUGGAAAAGAAUGCUACAAAAGUGCUAAAUUAAAACGACAUAAAGAAAUACACGAAAAACGAGAAAAAUCAUUUUUCUGUUUUAAAUGUGAUUCAGCAUUUUUACGAGAGGCUUCCUUAAAAUUACACGUUAAAAAAUAUCACUCGGAUACUCCAUUAGAAAAACAAGCCUGCCCACUUUGUGGUAAAGUAGUUUAUAAUGUUCGGUUACACACAUUACAUACACAUUCGAACGUCCGACCUCACAAAUGUGAUCAAUGCGAAAAAGCUUUUACUUUUAAAUCAGUUUUAGUAAAACAUGUGCGAGAAAAACAUUUAGGUAUUAUUCAAGAGUUUAAAGCGUUAUGCCCAACUUGUGGUAAGGCUUGUCCAUCGCAAGGUGAAUUAAAAAAACAUUUACGUACGCAUAUUGAUGAACGACAAUUCGAUUGUCAUUUAUGCACAAAGAAAUAUAAAUCACGUGAUGGAUUACGUAAUCAUUUAAAAGUGCAUGCAGGAUUACGACCAUAUGUUUGUACAUACUGCUCAAAAGGAUUUCAUACGAAUACAAUUUUAAAAAAUCAUCUUCGGACACAUACUGGUGAACGGCCGUUUGCAUGUCAUAUUUGUGGGAGAGCUUUCACACAAAAAGUAUCGUUACGGACUCACAUGAAAGUGCACAGUACGUGAAACAAGUUACGGAAUUUUUUU